ACCGACUGUUUCCAUGGAGGAAAACUCCGAUGGGUUUAAUUUCUAAUCGGCAGAAGGUCCACCCCUGUGAUGGUAUUCUAUUUAUAGUAUCAGCUGUUGCGAUAUAAAGAUUUGCAAUACAACGGUUUUGUUGUGCGGAUGUGUGAGGCACGCUUUCAUUUUAAAGGCAAAAUUGUGGCAAUGAUCUGACAUCAGGGCGAGGGAUGAAGAAUACAAUCAGAACGUGAAGAGGUUGUGCCCAAGAAAACAUAUCAUACUAUAGUGUAGCCAUUGCCAUGGCAACUAGCGCUGUCCCUAGUGACAACCUUCCCACGUACAAAUUAGUGGUGGUGGGGGACGGGGGCGUGGGGAAGAGCGCCCUCACCAUUCAAUUCUUCCAGAAGAUUUUUGUACCAGAUUAUGACCCAACCAUCGAGGACUCCUACCUGAAACACACUGAGAUUGACGGACAGUGGGCCAUACUAGAUGUUUUGGACACUGCUGGUCAAGAGGAGUUCAGUGCUAUGAGAGAGCAGUACAUGAGGACGGGCGAUGGCUUCCUCAUAGUGUUCUCUGUCACAGACAAGGCCAGCUUUGAACAUGUGGACCGCUUCCACCAGCUCAUCCUCAGGGUCAAAGACAGGGAGGCCUUCCCCAUGGUGCUGGUGGCCAACAAAGUGGACCUGGUUCAUCUGCGUAAAAUCACCAGCGAGCAGGGACAUGAGAUGGCUGCCAAACACAAUAUAACAUAUAUAGAGACAAGUGCCAAGGAUCCUCCCAUGAAUGUGGACAAGGCCUUUCAUGAGUUAGUCAGAGUUAUACGGCAGCAGGUGCCGGAGCGCUGCCAGAAGAAGAAGACCAAGUGGCGUAGUGACCGUUCCACAGGCUCUCACAGGAUCCACUGUGUGGUGUUGUGACCACGCUCAUCUGCCUCCUCUACAUCUGCCCCCCCCCUCUUCAUCUUCCUCCUCCCCCUCCCCGCAGGGCAGGGCUGGAAUCAGACCGGCACGAGAGGGACCAAGAAUCGGAGCAGAGAGGGGAGUGAGGGAGGAAGGGAGGAAUGGAGCAAGGCUAGCUGACACAAGACCCAUCCACCCGUCUCAUUGGGGAAUGGGGUGCGAAUCCUUUAGCUGGGUGGACUAAUGUUUGUGAUGCUCCUCCACCCUCAUCCUCCUCCCCCCCCCUCCACCCGCAGACCAGUCCAAGGAUAGCACUCCAGUCACAUGCCUCAGUGGACUUACUUGAGUGUUGCUCCAUGUCUGGGAUGAUGCUGUGCAUGGUUGUGGGGGGGGAUACUGGAAGGGUCUGGGGCAGGGUGGGUUUGGGAUGUGUGGCGGGACCCAUGGUUCAGGUGCUUGUGCUAUCGUUGGUGAAAACCCAUUGUGUGAGUGUUCAUUGUGAUUGUGGUUCUCCAUAGUGUUGGAUUUCAUUGUGAAAUGAAAGCAAGUAUGUUGUGGUAAAAAGAAGAAAAGAUAAGUUGGUGGAAGCUGGGGAAAUGUAAAACUGUAAAGGCUAUGUAAUAAGACGUUUAACUGGUUGAGUAGCAGGCAUUCAAACUCUUGCUUAAGAUUAUUAGCCUUAAGAUGCAUCGUAGUCUAUUACCUCAAAUACACGCUACAACUCUGGGGGCAGGCCAUGCUUCAUCACUCCAAACAGGAAAGAGACCUGUGAUAAUACCCAACACAUCCAACCGAGUCCUCUAGUGGAAUGGUAAAGGGCCCCGGGCACUAGCACAGGAUGUGACUGCAUUUCAGGGGUUAGCUAAGAAGCUGCUGCCAGUCACUAGGGGUCACAGAGGGGUCACAUUAGGGGUCACUAGAGGGGUCACAGAGCUAUCAGGGGACCACUCACUGGAAGCACCAAGAUGACUGGCUUUUUCUGGCGGAGAAUAUUUAACAACCUACUAAAUGGCUUGUACUGUUAAGCACAAAAAAAAGACUUUGGGCUUUUUUUUUUUUUGUCUCGUUGAAAAUCGUCUCUUGAAAAUAGACGAAAUGAAAAUAACUUUGCACUUUUAACGAUCGAUUUCUGACUUUCAUAUCAGCAUGUUUUUCAAAUCUGCAAAUGAGAGUGAAGGCAUAAUAGAAGACUUCAUGCAAAAAGGCGAAAAAUGUACCUGUCGCUAUGUAGCCCAAUCUGCCUGUGUAAGCCUGUCCAUCAGUUACAGUGGUCAAGAGAGACUUCAUAUUCUGCUAUGUGGAGUAAGAACAAAAUAGUAAAGUAAAUAAUUUCGUGUCUGAUGCUUCCUUCUUUAAAUCUUUCCUGGAGUCGGCGAGGGAAUUCCUUUUGCUGGACUUGGAAGCAACAGACAUGGCAAACUUUGGCAGUAUCACGAACGAACACAGAAGAUAAUAAAUGUUUGUCUGAAGAAAGGUUAUCAUAUCAGUUAUGUUUGAUACUUUUUGUAUUGUUGAUAUACAGUUCUUGCAAGUGUUUUUGAAAAGAAAAAACAAGAAUAAUUUAUUACUGUACCUGUUACCUCAUUGUGUUAAUAACUGGCUAAUGUCUGACCUGAAGAGCUAGACAGGGCUCCCAAAAUGAUGGCCUUUCAAUCUAGCCUCAGGGUUUCAGUAUCUGAAGAAUACAAAUAAAAUAUUGGUUUAUUUACUUGUU